UCCGAAACAAUAUGGCCGACGACAAAGAAGCGGCAGAGGCAUUAAUAGCAGAGCUUCAGAAGAACAUCAAAGAUGCUUUUGCUGUUUUUGAUCAUGAGUCAAACAACUCUGUGGAUGUCAGGGAAAUUGGCACAAUAAUUAGAUCUCUGGGCUGUUGCCCAAGUGAAGGAGAACUUCAUGAAUUGUUGGCAGAGGUGGAGGAAGAGGAACCGACGGGAUAUAUACAACUUGAUAAGUUCCUUCCUAUGAUGACUAGAGUGUUAUUAGAAAGGAAAUACAGACCCCAACCAGAAGACGUUAUUUUGCGAGCAUUUGAGGUGUUGGAUCAAACUAAAAAAGGAUAUCUUACCCAAGAGGAACUUACAAAGUAUUUGACUGAAGAAGGGGAGCCAUUUACACAAGAGGAGAUGGAAGAGAUGCUAUCAGCUGCUGUGGAUCCAGAAAAGAAUAUCAUCUUCUAUAAAGAUUUUGCGGCAAUGAUGACUAUUGAUGACACCUGACUACAUUAGGAGAAAUAUCUUCACAAAAAUCCAAAAGCAAACAGACUCAAACUUAGCAAGAUUUCAAAUAAGUGUAUU